AUGGCCGACUCAGCGGCAAAUGGCGCCAACGUCGCCGAACAGUACUCGCUCCUCCCCAAGCUUAUGCCCAACCUCGACCGUCAUCUCGUCUACCCGCUCCUCAACUUCUCCAGCGAUGAAGAAGCCGACCAGACCGUCGAGCAGAAGAAGCUCCUCCUCGAACUCCUCAAGCCCACCAACAUGACGGAUUUCGUUGGACAGCUGCACCAGGAAGUCCACGGCCUCGACGACAUGUCCGACGAGUUCAAGACCAAGCGCGACGAGGUCCUGAAGAAGCGCGACCAGCUCGACGAGGCGACCAGCAAGAUCAGCGGCCUGCUCGACGACGAGAACGUCGUCACAAACCUGAGGAGUGACAAGCAGCAAAACUUGGCAUACCUGAAGGAGAGCCAUGGUGUUGACAUGGACAUGGUCAACCAGUUGCUCGAGUUUGGCCAGUUCCAGUACUCGUGCGGUGUAUACCCCCACGCCGCUGAGCUGCUCUACCGAUUCAGGGUUCUGACCACAGACGGCGACAAGGAGCGCGAAGCCACCUGGGGCAAGCUCGCCUGCGAAAUCCUCUCCGUAAACUGGGACUCGGCCAUGGAGGAGAUCAACAAGCUCAAGGAGAUCAUCGACACACGCCUCUUCAACAACCCUCUCGCACAGCUGCAGCACCGCACCUGGUUGAUCCACUGGUCGCUUUUCCCCCUCUUCAACCACGAAGCCUCGCGCGAAACCCUCACCGACAUGUUCUUUUCCCCCGCAUACAUCAACACCAUCCAGACAAACUGCCCCUGGAUUCUGCGUUAUCUCUCUGCUGCCGUAAUUACCGGCCGCAACCGUGGCCGCAACUCGAACCAGUACCAGAAGCAGCUCAAGGAUUUGAUCAGGAUUGUACGACAGGAGGGUUACGAAUACAGUGACCCCGUCACCGACUUCAUCAAGGCCCUGUACAUCGACUUUGACUUCGAGGAGGCGCAGAAGAAACUCAGCGAGACUGAGGAGAUUCUGAAGAACGAUUUCUUCUUGUUGGGUGCGGCGGAACAGUUCGUAGAUGCGGCGAGACAUCUCAUCUCAGAGAGCUACUGCAAGAUCCACCAGAGGAUCGACAUCAAGGACCUCUCGACUCGUCUCGGUCUUUCACAAGACGAGGGUGAGAAGUGGAUUGUCAACCUUAUCCGGGACACUCGUGUAGAUGCAAAGAUCGAUUACCAGGCCGGCACGGUCGUCAUGAACCACCCACCACAGUCCGUCUACCAGCAAGUCAUCGAGAGGACAAAGGGAGGCUUCUUCAGGACACAGGUUCUUAGCGCGGCUGUUGCGAAAUGA